AUAGUGUUUCUAUGCCUGUCGAAGAGCUAUUGUUUUAAAAAUUGUGACCAGUUUUAUUUCUAACGAUAUGUGAUGUACAUUUGAUACACAGAAUUCUGAUGGCCACUUUAAGCUUGGAGAUACUAAUUUUGUGUUAACUGUUUUCAAGAUAUUUAAGUUCUUUUAUUUUUUAAUUUUACAGUCCCAUCUCUAAAAUUGAUGCUACUGCAAGGCGGCACUGGAGCGCUGCUGUUUUCUGAAUCCUUGCAGAGAGUGAAGGAAUUUCCUCAAUUGCAUCAUAUGCACACGCUAACCUGUGUUAACGAUCCUUAGAAAAAUUCCCGGCACAAUUUAUUUAUUUAUUGUCAUUGAUAUUAUUCUGUCUGCGGGGAAGACCUUAUCGUUUCCUAAUAAUGGCAGCAUUCGAGGAAAUGGGUGUUCUGACUGAAAUUGCAACGGCAGUUGACGAAAUGGAAUGGACAUUGCCAACAGACGUGCAAGCCGAAGCGAUACCUUUGAUUCUGGGUGGUGGCGACGUGUUAAUGGCUGCAGAAACUGGUAGUGGAAAGACUGGUGCCUUUUGUUUACCUGUUUUACAAAUAGUAUGGGAAACUCUGAAAGACUUUGAAUCUGGGAAAGCAACUGCUUCGUCGACAUCACACUCGCAACCUUCAAAACAUUGGUCUCUAAGUUUAUUCGAUAGAGGCACAGCAUUGGCUGUAACUCCAGAUGGUCUAAGAUGUCAAAGCCGAGAACAAAAGGAAUGGCAUGGUUGUCGGGCCAAUAAAGGAGUUCAGGGGAAUAAGAAGUUCUUUUUUGAAGCUACGGUAACCGACGAAGGUUUGUGCCGUGUUGGCUGGUCUACGUCUCAGGCUACCUUGGAUUUAGGUACAGACAAGAAUGGCUUUGGUUUCGGUGGGACUGGUAAGAAAUCCAAUGCAAAACAGUUUAGUGAUUAUGGCGAGGCUUUUGGCAUGCACGAUGUGAUUGGAUGUUACCUAGAUUUAUUAAAGGGUGAAAUCAGUUACGCAAAGAACGGCGUAAAUCUAGGUACAGCGUUCAUUUUAAACGCGCAACAAAAGUCCCAGACAUUUUACCCAGCCGUUGUAUUAAAGAACGCGGAAAUGUCGUUUAAUUUUGGAGCACAGCCAUUCAAACAUCCACCUCCUGGUGAUUACAUAGCUCUUGCUUCUGCGGUCAAAGAAUUUAUAAAAGAAAACCCAAUGAACAACAGCAGUGCUAGAAGCAAGGAUGAUGGUAAACCAAAGUGUAAUGCUCCUCAAGCCAUAAUCAUAGAGCCGUCUAGAGAACUUGCUGAACAAACCUUUAAUCAAAUUCAAAAAUUCAAGAAACAUCUGAAAGAUCCUAUAAUCAAGGAAUUAUUAGUUAUUGGUGGAGUCAGCGUGAAAGAGCAGAUAUCUGUAUUGAAUUCUGGCGUGGAUAUAGUAGUUGGAACACCAGGGCGUCUAGAAGAUUUGAUACAAGGCGGCUACUUGUCGCUCACUCAUUGCAGGUUUUUCAUUCUGGAUGAAGCCGAUGGUUUGCUGAAGCAGGGUUACACCAGCCUAAUCGAUCGUCUACACAAGCAAAUGCCUAAAAUUACAUCCGAUGGGAAACGACUGCAGAUGAUAGUGUGUUCAGCCACGUUGCAUUCGUUCGAUGUAAAAAAUAUGGCUGGAAGAUUGAUGCAUUUCCCGACUUGGGUGGAUUUGAAGGGCGAGGAUGCGGUACCUGAGACGGUGCAUCACGUUGUGGUAAUAGUGGACCCACAAAAAGACACGUUCUGGCACAAUUUGAGACAACACAUACCAACUGAUGGUGUUCACGCUAGAGACAACAUAAGACCUGGUGGCAACACUCCAGAGACAUUAUCGGAGGCUGUGAAGAUAAUGAAGGGAGAGUAUUGCAUUCGUGCCAUCAAAGAACACAAUAUGGACAGAGCCAUAAUUUUCUGUAGAACCAAGAUAGACUGCGAUAACCUGGAACGAUACUUGAAGCAGACUGGUGGGAACCAAUUCUCCUGCGUGUGUCUUCAUGGCGAUAGGAAACCUCCGGAACGUAAAGCCAAUCUGGAGAAGUUCAAGAAACAGGAGGUGAAGUUCCUAAUUUGCACCGACGUCGCAGCCAGAGGACUGGAUAUAACGGGCUUACCUUUCAUGAUCAACAUGACCUUACCCGAUGAGAAAUCGAAUUACGUGCACCGUAUAGGAAGGGUUGGAAGGGCCGAAAGAAUGGGUCUGGCUAUUUCUCUGGUCAGCAAAGUUCCUGAGAAAGUAUGGUACCAUGGCGAGUGGUGUCCUACUCGAGGAAGAAAUUGUCAAAACACAUCUCUCACUGAUCAGAGCGGUUGUUGCGUCUGGUACAAUGAACAGACUUAUUUAGCUGAUAUCGAGGACCAUCUGAAUGUCACGAUCCAGCAGAUCGAUACUGACAUAAAGGUUCCCCUAAAUGCUUUCGACGGGAAGGUCAUGUAUGGUCAAAAGAGAGUCAACAUGGGAACAAAUUACCAGAAUCACGUUCAGCAAAUGGCUCCAUACGUGUCGCAAUUGUCAUCAUUGGAAUCGAAAUCGCAACUGCUGUACUUGAAGAGACACAUGGCUGCUGCAGCGAACUAAUACACACCACCGAUACAAGGUUGCUGUUUUCUACAUUAAGAUGUAUUUGCUAAUCAGUAAAUUGCCAAUAUAUUAUUCGGCAUAUGAAUAGGCUGGGCGUAUUUAUAAAUAUCGUGUACUUUCAAAUAUAAUAUAUAAGAGGUUCGUUACAAAUAAUAUAAAAUCAUGUUUCUAUGCCUGGUCCAAUCUAUCUUCCCGUUUCAUAGAAACAGAAAUCCGUCGAUUGCUGUGAUGCACCGUAAAAUAACAUUCUAGUUUAUGUAUAUAAGACAUACGGCAAGUGUUUAUGGUAUCAUUAUAAUCUUCAUAAUUGUACCAUCGCUAUUUCAGUUACACAAAUGUAUAAUACAGUGGCCUUGCAGUGUUUGGUUUUUUGUAA